AUUAACUUUCAAAUUUAUAGCACAUUACCAACUUUUUCAACCCCUUCUGUAUCCUUCUUUUCCUUUUUUUUUUUAAAAUUUAUUUUCUCAAUUUUCUCGCUGUGCUGGUUUUUUAGUUGCUAGCCAAGUCCUGAAGCUGAAAGUCCACCGUCGCCCGAUGAUUUGACCGAGAACGAUCGGUCAAUUCAACUUCCACAUUCAGAGCCAUGGGCCAUUGCUGCAGCAAAAACGUCUCCGUAGUCAACAAUGAUGCAAACUCCGCCGUCAGCCACUGCAAGCCGCGACCGGUUCCGGCGUCAGCGACGCCAUCCGUCGAGACCAACUCGUAUGCCGUCAGUCCAUUCGCGAGUCCACUGCCCGCUGGAGUUGCACCGUCUCCAUCCCCGGCUAGGACGCCGGGGAGGAAGUUCCGGUGGCCGUUGCCGCCUCCGUCUCCUGCGAAACCAAUCAUGGCGGCAAUCAUGAGGCGGCGGGGGUCGAACAAGCCGGCGCCGGUGGAAGGAACGAUCCCCGAGGACGGGAAGGAUGGUGCUAGACAAGAAUUCGGGUACGGAAAGAACUUGGGGGCUAAAUUUGAACUAGGGAAGGAGGUUGGGAGAGGGCAUUUUGGUCAUACUUGCUGGGCCAAGGGAAAGAAAGGAGAGCUCAAGGGACAGUCCGUGGCCGUUAAGAUCAUUUCUAAAGCUAAGAUGACCACAGCAAUAUCAAUAGAAGAUGUUCGUCGGGAGGUCAAAAUACUGAAAGCCUUAUCUGGACAUAAACACAUGAUCAAAUUUCAUGAUGUUUUUGAGGAUGCCAAUAAUGUAUAUAUUGUCAUGGAAUUAUGUGAAGGUGGAGAACUACUUGACAGAAUUUUGUCCAGAGGUGGUAGAUACACCGAAGGGGAUGCUAAAAAUAUAAUUGUGCAAAUUUUAAGUGUAGUUGCUUUUUGUCAUCUUCAAGGGGUUGUGCACCGCGAUCUAAAGCCAGAGAAUUUUCUUUUCACCACAAGAGAUGAGGAUGCUCCUAUGAAAAUUAUCGAUUUUGGUUUAUCUGACUUUAUUAGGCCAGAUCAACGUCUCAAUGAUAUUGUUGGCAGUGCAUAUUAUGUUGCCCCAGAAGUACUGCAUAGAUCUUACAGUGUUGAAGCCGAUAUGUGGAGUAUUGGAGUCAUAACUUAUAUAUUGUUGUGCGGAAGCAGACCUUUCUGGGCUAGAACCGAAUCAGGAAUUUUUCGUUCUGUGAUCAGAGCUGAUCCUAACUUUAACGAUUCACCCUGGCCUUCUGUAUCACCAGAAGCCAAAGAUUUUGUGAAAAGGCUUCUGAACAAAGACCAUAGGAAAAGAAUGACUGCUGCCCAAGCAUUAACUCACGCAUGGUUGCGAGAUGAAAACCAUGCUGUGCCUUUGGACUUUUUGAUCUACAAGUUAGUCAAGUCAUAUAUUCGUGCCACCCCUUUCAAACGAGCAGCACAAAAGGCACUUUCGAAAGCUUUACCAGAAGAUGCUCUUGUGUAUCUUAGGGCACAGUUUAGGCUUUUGGAACCUAAAGAUGGAUACGUGUCCCUAAGCAAUUUUAAAGCGGCUCUAAUGAGGAAUAUAACUGAUGCCAUGCAGGAGUCAAGAGUUCUUGAUAUUAUAAAUAUGAUGGAGCCACUCUAUUAUAAAAAGAUGGAAUUCGAAGAGUUCUCUGCUGCUGCAAUCAGUACAUAUCAGCUUGAGGCUUUUGAAGAAUGGGAGAGUAUUGCAAGUGAAGCCUUUGAAUAUUUUGAGCAAGCAGGAAACAAGGUUAUUUCAGUAGAGGAAUUGGCACUGGAAUUAAAUCUGGGCCCUUCAACACAUUCUUUGCUUAAUGACUGGAUAAGAACUUCAGAUGGAAAAUUGAGCUUCCAUGGGUAUAUGAAAUUCUUACAUGGUGUGACAAUUCGUGCUUCUAAUACUAGACGUCGAUAGCAUAUAAAACCAGGGACAUAGAAUUUUAUUUUUUUCAAGUAAAAUUUAAACUUAAAAAAUCUUUUGUAUUCUUUCAUUGUGGAUCGAAGAGUAAAGAGGUAUAUAGAUGAAUGUCUAGGCAGAAGAUCAUGGAGACUCGAGUCUACACAGUGUGGAUUUUAUUCCAAAGGUGUGAGCGAGAUCUUUUAGUGCAAGUCUUUAUUUAGUUAUUUAUAGGAAGUGGGAACCAGUGCUUGAUGUUGGGAACCUUCGGUGCAAAAUAAAUUUAUAUGUUUUGGCAGUGAA